AUGGUCGACUUCAUCUGCGCCGAGGCCGGCCUCUGCAACAAGCUCCGGUCCGUCCUCUCGUACCGCGAGGCGGCCGUGCAGCGGGGCCGCCGGCUGGUCGUGCUGUGGCGACUCGGUGCCGCCUGCGACUCACCCUUCGAGGACCUCUUCGAGCCGCUUCCCGGAGUCGUCAUGCUGCACGGUCUCGGCGAGCUGCCGCCGGCGCACCGCGAGGCGCUCGCCGCCGGCGGCGGAGCGGCGAAGGCCUCCGUGUACGACUCGCACCCAUCCAUCAAGUACACGGAGACCGAGGCGACGAUGUACGCCGCGCUCUCGCCGCUCCCGCCCGUGCGCGCCGCCGCCGCAGCCAACGUCGCCGCGUGCGGCGGAGCGUUUGUCGCGGUGCACAUGCGCCGCACCGACCACACGGCCAUGUUUGGCGACCGGACGCCCGACGAGGCCUUCUUCACCUUCUUGGAGGAGCGCGCGCCGCUGCCCAUCUUUUGCGCGACCGACAACGCGCUCACGCUCCGCGAGGUCGGCCGCCGCUUCCCGCUCCGGCUGCGCGGCGCGGCGCCGAUCCCCGAGCCGGCGGGGGGAGAGGCGGAGAGAGAGGCGGAGGGCGAGGCGCGGCACACGAGCGUCGAGCGCGCGGCGGUCGACCUGCUCACGUGCGUCGAGGCGACCGCCUUCAUGGGCACGUACAUGUCCUCCUUUAGCGACGCCAUCGCGCUGCUGCGGCGGGCGCGCGGCCUGGACACCUCGGACGACAGGCACGUCGUCCGCUCGCUCGGAGGGAAGCACUACGACCCGGACGUCCACUCGGUGGCGCUGCCGCCGCUCGGGCCGCCGGCGGGGGAGCCGGGGUAA